GCGAGCACGGGGGCGGAUCCCCGCUGGGUCGAGGGCCUGUACGAGAGCCAAUCGGGCAGCCGAGGCUACUGCCAAUCACGCAGCUCCCUCCAAUCCCACCCGUGCCAUUUCCAAAAUCUCGGUCCCACUGUGCAGCUCAAAUGUGGUGUUCACUCUGCCAAUCGCUGGAGGAUAGAGUGGGAACAAGAAUAACCAGAGUUAGGAGGCCAGGACAAAAGAAGUUAAAGAGCGCCUAAUAUAUACAUGUUUUUGAAGGCGGGCAGAGGGAAAAAAGUCCCCCCACGGAGGGUGUAUGGGCCUGAUUGUGUAGUUCUGAUGGAGCCCCCUUUGAGCAAGAGGAACCCGCCAGCGCUGAGAUUAGCGGAUUUGGCAACGGCUCAGGUUCAGCCGCUUCAGAAUAUGACAGGCUUCCCGGCGCUGGCCGGCCCGCCCGCCCACUCCCAACUCCGCGCCGCCGUCGCGCACGUCCGCCCGCGGGACCUGGGCGCUGACCCCGGCGUGGCCACCACUCCGCUCAGACCCGAGCACAUGGCCCAGGCGAGCGCGCUGGGCCUCAGCCCUCCCUCCCAGGCGCUCCCGGCACACCCCGAGGCUCCGGCAGCCGCCGCCCGUGCUGCAGCCUUGGUCGUGCACCCCGGCGCGGGCAGCUACCCCUGUGGCGGGGGCAGCAGUGGCGCGCAGCCCUCCGCGCCCCCGCCCCCAGCCCCUCCUCUUCCUCCCACCCCUUCACCCCCUCCCCCUCCCCCGCCUCCUCCUCCUCCUGCCCUCUCGGGCUACACCACCACCAACAGUGGCGGCGGCGGCAGCAGCGGCAAAGGCCACAGCAGGGACUUCGUCCUCCGGAGGGACCUUUCCGCCACGGCCCCCGCGGCGGCCAUGCACGGGGCCCCGCUCGGAGGGGAGCAGCGGUCCGGGACCGGCUCCCCCCAGCACCCAGCCCCGCCUCCCCACUCGGCCGGCAUGUUCAUCUCGGCCAGCGGCACCUACGCGGGCCCGGACGGCGGCGGCGGCCCGGCGCUCUUCCCCGCGCUGCACGACACGCCGGGGGCCCCCGGCGGCCACCCGCACCCUCUCAACGGCCAGAUGCGCCUGGGGCUGGCGGCAGCGGCAGCAGCCGCGGCGGCUGAGCUGUAUGGCCGCGCCGAACCGCCCUUCGCGCCGCGCUCCGGGGAUGCGCACUACGGGGCGGUUGCGGCCGCCGCGGCAGCCGCCCUGCACGGCUACGGAGCCGUGAACUUAAACCUGAACCUGGCGGCUGCGGCGGCCGCAGCAGCGGCCGGGCCGGGACCCCACCUGCAGCACCACGCGCCGCCCCCGGCGCCGCCGCCGCCGCCGGCGCCCGCGCAGCACCCGCACCAGCACCACCCCCACCUCCCAGGGGCGUCCGGGGCCUUCCUGCGCUACAUGCGGCAGCCAAUCAAGCAGGAGCUCAUCUGCAAGUGGAUCGACCCCGAAGAGCUGGCCGGGUUGCCGCCGCCGCCGCCGCCGCCGCCGCCCCCGGCCGGCGGCGCCAAGCCUUGCUCCAAAACUUUCGGCACCAUGCACGAGCUGGUGAAUCACGUCACGGUGGAGCACGUGGGCGGCCCCGAGCAGAGCAGCCACGUCUGCUUCUGGGAGGACUGUCCGCGCGAGGGCAAGCCCUUCAAGGCCAAAUACAAGCUCAUCAACCACAUCCGCGUGCACACCGGCGAGAAGCCCUUCCCCUGCCCUUUCCCGGGCUGCGGCAAGGUCUUCGCGCGUUCCGAGAACCUCAAGAUCCACAAGCGCACUCAUACAGGGGAAAAGCCUUUCAAAUGUGAAUUUGAUGGCUGCGACAGGAAGUUUGCCAAUAGCAGUGAUCGGAAGAAACAUUCCCAUGUCCACACCAGUGACAAGCCCUACUACUGCAAGAUUCGAGGCUGUGACAAAUCCUACACUCACCCAAGCUCCCUGAGGAAGCACAUGAAGAUUCACUGCAAGUCCCCACCACCUUCUCCAGGACCCCUUGGUUACUCGUCAGUGGGGACUCCAGUGGGUGCCCCCUUGUCCCCUGUGCUGGACCCAGCCAGGAGUCGCUCCAGCACUCUUUCCCCUCAGGUGACCAACCUCAAUGAGUGGUACGUUUGCCAGGCCAGUGGGGCCCCCAGCCACCUCCACACCCCUUCCAGCAACGGAACCACCUCUGAGUCUGAAGAUGAGGACAUUUACGGAAACCCUGAAGUUGUGCGGACGAUACAUUAGAAUUUAUGAUUAAUAAUAAUAAGUGAAAUAAUAAGUUGGAGUCCUUGGACCACAUCCUAACCUGAGACAAUGCCGAGCCUGAGACAAACCCGUGACUCAGACUUGCCACCGGGUCUAAUUAGCCCUAUUUAUUCAGUAUGAAACCCUAUGGUGUUUGUACAUUUAAUUAAUUUAAUUAAGAUAUUUGGGCCUUUUUUUUUUCCCCUUAAAAAACAAACAAAAAACAACCAAGCUGGACUUGUAUAUUGCAGGAGGACAGGGCUUGGGGGCAAACUGUACCAAGGAAAAUCAAUGGAGAGAUUAGUUAAUGGAGAUACACACUGCCGAUGUCAUAUAUAUAUAUAUAUAUAUAUAUAUAUAUAUAUAUAUAUAUGUAUUUUUUUUUUAAAGGAGGGAGAAAAAGAGCAUUAAGUCAGAACUUAAACACAGCAACAAGGCCCUCUGCAUUUCCCGGAGUGCCUCUCAAAUGCCUUUGACACCAUACCGUGGGCUGCUUUUGAGCCUCCUCGUUGGACCCUAAUUCUGCCAAGGCCUCUUGAUUGUAAACCACACACCUGCUGCAUUGCCAACAGAUCCUGGACUGUACCUGUGUCCAAAAAUAUUUGUAAAAACCCUUUGAGUUUAAUAUUUGUAAUUUUUAAUUUCCACUCUUUUAUUACUGAUCUCACCUUAACACAAUAUUUUUAUACAGGAUUAUUUCUUCAGUAUCCUACUGUGUGAUUUAAAAAAAAGAUGCAGCAACCUUAAUAUGUCUCCAUAUCUUGUGCUACUGUGAUUGUUCAAGCAAAAGUGGAGAGAAGAAAAGCUGCUGCAAUAAGACAACUGUGAAACUGUGAUAUUUUAUAAAAUAGAAGAAAUUCAAGUGCUUUCUUUUUCCUGUAUGGUGUUUUUUUUUUUUCUUUUUUUUUUUAAUCUGAAUUCUCAGAUACUGCCUCUCCUGUGUCCAAAGUUCUUGUGUAAUAAAGAGAUUCUGUUUUCGAUCCUAAGUUCUUUGGGAUGCCAACAUUCACAGUCAAGUCUUGAGGAGGUGUAAUGAUGGCAUCAUGCCUAUUUUUUUUUAAAGCUAUUGUUUUUAAAACAGGCCAACACCUCUUUUAUACUGUUGUAUCAGCCUUUUAAAAAGUCUAUUUUUCAAUGCCUGAAACUGCAUUUUAAUGCAUUUUCUUCCACCUGAGCACUGAGCACACCAAACUGGAAUCCAUUUGAAAAUGACAGUGUGUGAAGUGUAUGAUUUACAUUAAAAGAGGGGAGGGAGUUGCCCUACAUAUUAAAAUUUUUAAAAGGUUUAUAGUUGCCACCAAACACUGAUGAAUGUGUGACCUUUGCCAGAGCUGUCAAGCUAGGAUAAAAAAGGUCAAGGACCUAGGACAAUAACUCUUAGUCAAUUUAUUUUCGGUUGGUACAACACAUCUCCUGUGCAAAAUGUAGUCCAUCAGAAACAUCAUACAGAUAUACUAAAGAGCACUAAUUUAUCCUUAGAGACCCUGAAGACACCCCCUCCCCAGGGUUUGUAGAAAUUUGUUUUGUGUGCUGUGAGUGGUUGAUGUAGUCUUGUCAUUGUUAAUAACUUGUAUGUGAACACUAUUAUUUGUACAGUUGAAUUAAUUUAUUUUCAGACAUCAUCCUUUUUUUUUUUCCUGGAAGAGUUCAAAGCACACCAAAGAAUUAUAUUAUACAUUUUGGUGAAAGAUUGUCAUUUAUGAUCCAUGGUUUAUUUAAAAAAAAAGGAAAGAAAAUGGAAAAAUAUAUUUUUAAGCUUACUUGAAUGAACAACGUAAUGUGAAAACCAAGACUCUUCCUGCAUGUCUUUUUUGCAUUGUGUUGAUGAGAUUAUAUAUAGUUUAUAGAUAUAUUAUAUUACUAGUACAGUGCAUGGUGCUGUCACUUGGAAAGCCUUUCAAUGUUUUCUUCAGAUUGUUAGGGUGAAUAUGAAACAUGCAGACCCUCCUUUAUAAAGAAAAAGACCUUAAAACUUGAAUAUGAGAUAAUUUUACAUUUGAAAAGUUUAUUUGAUUUUCAUAUUACUCACUUUCAAAGCCCUUUCAAAUAGAAAAGGUAUGAACUUUUGGGGGGAUAAUUUAUGUAUUGUAAACUUAUUAGAACAAAAUAUUCCUGAUGUAUAAUGAGUUGUUUUAUUUAUACAACUUUUUCAAUGGUAGUUUGCACUAUUCUUUAUUAUGCUACAGGUUUAUUUAUUAUGAAACAAAGGAAUAUGUAUUUUACGUAUUUUACCAUGCAUAGGUUAACUCUUUGCCACAGAUUUAUUGGUUCUUGAUACACCUAAAAUAAAAAAAUGUGUACCUCCAAUAGAGAGCAAGCAAGAAUGAUUAUGAAGUAACAAAUUUAAUAAAGGUAUUCUUAUUAUUAUUGCUUAUGUUUUACCUAAUGGCAUAUCUCUCAUACAAACAGAACAGGUUGCUAAUGGA